AUGCCGCGAAUUGGGCUGGGAAUGGCAGCGAUAGGCCCGGGCGCGCCGUCGCGGGCGGCGAUGGAGACAGCGCUGGAGCUCGGGUACCGGAGUUUUGACACAGCCGCGUUCAAGGCUGUGUGGUACGCCAACGAGGACGUGGUGGGCGAGGUGGUGGCGGAGGCGAAGAACGUGGUACGAAGCGAGCUGUUCAUCACCACCAAGCUCCAUCCAGCCGACCAUGGCCCGGGUGCGGCGGCGGCGGCGAUCGCGGCCUCGCUCCGCAACUUGAGGACUAGCUACAUUGACCUCAUGCUCAUCCACUACCCCGAGUGCUGGAGCGAUAUCUGCGAUGGCAUGGGCACGCCCGACGGCGACUGGCGCGACUCUUGGCGGGUUCUCGAGGCUGCAGUCGAGGCAGGCACCAUCCGCUCGAUCGGAGUCUGCAACUUUUCUCCGCGGGAACUGGCCGAGCUUGGAGCGCUGGCGCGGAUCCCAGUCUCGGUCGUCCAGUCGCGUUACGAUGUGCUUCAAGCGGGCGUGGACGACGCUGUAGUCGCUGCAGCCACGGGCAUCGGUGCCGUGUUUACCGCUUACUCUCCGCUUGGCGGCCAGUACUGGAACGCAGCAGUCAACCCUGUCCUCUCCCAUCCGACGGUGACCGCCAUCGCUGCCGAGCUGGAGACUUCCCCCGCCCAUGUUGUUCUCCGCUUCCUACUCCAGCGCGGCAUGACUGCGGUGCCGCGCUCGACCUCGCGUGCGCACAUGGCCGCCAAUCUCGCGACCUUAGCCGUUGAGGACUUGAUUUGGUUCCAGGUUGUGUAA